CCUACGAUAUUUCUCGUUCAACGAAGGCACCUAUACUCUGACGCAAUACACGCGCGUUCUCACGUUCAAUCAACCGUAGAGUAUUACGUUACCUCAUAGAAAGAGAGAGAGAGAGAGAGAGAAGCAGAAGGAAGGCCCAGUACACGUUUGACCACGCUACUGAGAGUAUCAUCCUUCCACAACUCGUACGACGUUGGCCAAGAAAACCGGUUCCAAGUAUAAUCCUUCGACUACGAUGCCCAAUUGUCCAAAGUGCGACAAACCAGUGUACUUCGCCGAACGGAAGACCUUUUUGGGUAAGGAUUGGCAUAGUUCGUGUCUAAGAUGUGAGAAAUGUAACAAGACGUUGACGCCCGGUAGCCAUGCGGAACACGAGGGCAAACCUUAUUGUAAUCAUCCCUGUUAUUCGGCCCUUUUCGGACCUGGAGGCUUUGGACGAGGCGGUGCUGAGAGUUACAUUUACAACAAAUAAGACGGAACAUGAAUAACGUGUUCGCGUUCGUUCAUUGCGAACGUAAUACUAGCAUUAAUCGAUUAUGAAGUUUGUUGUAAGAA